ACUCCAUCCAUCUGCACACACAGCUAGAGACUCCAGAGACAGGUCAUUGCAGAUCUUCUCACUCUCGAGGCGGGUCGCGGGCGGACCCCUGUGAGAGCUUGGAGGGUGUGCGCCGAAAGAGAUCGCGUGGUGGAAGAAACCCUUAGCGAAAUUCCUGAACAGAGCCGCAAUGCGUGCCAUCAGCCGACUCGCCAACAAUAUCCGGCGACAGCUAGAUCCGCGGAAAGAAUCGGAAGCUCAGCGAGCCAUGUCGGGGUAUAAAGCGAACACCAUGUUCUCCUCCCCGGCAAAGACCACCUCUGCUUCGAUUCACACCGCCAUGAAGGGUCCUCUACACUCCGCACGGGUCGAACCCAAACCUUCACCGCCGUCGACCAUGCUCGAUGCUCUCGAUCCCGUCCAGGUCAAACUCUUGAAGGAAGAGUGCAUUCUUGUCGAUGAGGCCGACAAAGUGGUCGGCACGGGCAGUAAGGAGGACUGCCACCUGAUGUCCAACAUCAAUAAAGGGCUCUUGCACCGGGCGUUCUCCGUGUUCCUGUUCAACUCGAAGGGAGAGCUGCUCAUACAACAAAGGUCCGACGCCAAAAUCACGUUCCCCGGGUCGUACACCAACUCGUGCUGUUCACAUCCUCUGGCAGUGCCCACGGAGCAGACAGAGGACCCCGUACAAGGGGUCAAAGUGGCUGCGCAGCGACGGAUCUUCGCAGAACUCGGUAUCCCGACCGAGGAGCUGCCACUUGAAUGUUUCCAUUACAUCACACGUAUAAAAUACAUGGCCGCAUCGGACGGGAUGUGGGGCGAGCACGAAGUGGACUACAUUCUAUUUGUGAAAAAAGAUAUCAAGAUUAUGAAGCCGGAUCCCAAUGAGAUCAAGACGAUCCGCUAUUUGAAGAGGAACGACAUCAAAGAAUUCGUCAGUGAAAUCGAGGAUCGCGGCGAGAAGCUGACACCUUGGUUCCAACUGAUCCUGAACACUUUCCUAGAAGAAUGGUGGAGCAAUUUAGAUAACCUGAAAAAAUUUGAAUCCCAUGAUCAAAUCCAUAAGCUGAACUAGGAGGCCCGCGGAAAUGCGCAAAGUUCUAGGGGGAUCUCGGGUUGGACGCGAUUGCCUGGCGUGUCAUCUGUCGCUGUCGGAUCGAGCCUCGAGAGAUUCAGCCUCUUCCCCCCGAUGGACGUUUGUGCCGACAGCACCCGAUAGCACCGGCGGAACUAAGACUGACUCACUUGAUUCCGGGAAAUCUGAAACCGUCGAUUUCCAUUCCACUCGGGGACAAAAUGGAACUAUCGAAGACUCAAGGUUCCUAUUUUAGAAAGUACUCACUACUCACCCCUUAGACAUGACAACCGUUCAGGAACUUCCGAUUGCUCUCGGGAAUCAGAACACCAUAGGAGCUCUCGAUGUUUCUCUCGAAUGAGCAUAAGUUGGGCUUGAGCUGACAUUCCACUCAGCAGCGUGAUGGCCUCUAGACUUGAGAUUCCGCGGUGGAUUCGAAGCUGGACGAGCUCGAGUCUACAUGGUCGCUAACUAUGAUGAAUUUGAUAAAGGAAAGAUUCGACUGUAAACUAGGAACAAAUGGACCAGAUCUGUGGGGUUCAAGUUUCGAGCGUAUGCAUUCCAAUUCGUUGGGUUCAUACUUGGGAUGGAGAUGACCAACUUUGUAAGAUAUGGAAAGUCUCGCGGAUCGAUUGUUAUCUUAUGGAGUUUGUAGAUAUUUGGAAAAUGAAGAUUUCUGUGAAAUGAGAUUUGUUCUCCUUACCUGCUUCCCGACUCCUGAAUAAAGGAAUUGUUCACUG